AUGACCGUCCACGCCACCCCGCCCAACGUCGUCCGCGAGACGCCCGACCUCGACUGCCUCGACUUCUCGGGAGCCACUGUCUACAACGACUUCCGCGACGACCUCGUGCGCGACGGCUAUGCGGUCGUCAAGGGCGUCCUGUCCCCCGAGCGCGCGCAGUACUACGUCGGCGAGUUCCACCAAUGGCUCGAGGACUUUGGACUUGGCUACAAGCGCGACGACCCGUCAACUAUCCGCGAGGAAUGCCUCCCCGUUAUCCACCAGAAGGGCCUCAUUCAGGCGUACGGCGCUCCUCACGAGAGCUUCACCUGGGGCGUCCGCUCCGAGCCCGGCGUCAUUGACGCGUUCGCCACGCUGUUCGGCACCGAUGACCUCAUCUGCUCGUUCGACGCCGUCAACGUGUCGUUCCCGAACCGGCGCGACCUCCCCGAGCUCAAGCCGUGGGCGCACCAGGACCAAGAUCCCGAGCGACCCGGGUUCCGCUGCGUUCAAGGACUCGUCAACCUCAACCCGUGCGGCGACAACGACGGCGGCCUCGUCGUCCUCAAAGGCGGCCACAACAUCUCGAAGGAGUACCACGAGACGUUCUACGACGAGGAGCGCGAGUUCCGCUGGACGAACGAGAUGUACCUGUUCAAGGAGACCGGCCUCGAGUGGCUCAAGGACCGUGGCUACGAGUGGGUCAAGGUCAACGCUGGACCGGGCGACCUCAUCCUGUGGGACUCUCGAGUGCCGCACUACAACGCUGCGCCCAAGGGCGACACGGUCCGCUUCGUCGUCUACACCUGCAUGGCGCCCGUCGACACGGCAACGCAAGAAGAGCUCGCCCAGAAGAAGCGCCUGUUUGAGAACACUAAGGGCCACUCGCACUGGCCGCAAGGGUUCCAGCCGUUCGUCGAGGCGUUCGUCGCGCCCAGGCGCAACGGCGAGCUCGACCCGCUCAACACGUGGACGCCGAGGCAGAAGCCCGUCCUGAGCGAGCGAGCGUUCCGCCUCACGGGCAUCCCGUACCUCAAGAGCGCCGCCGUCUGAAAUCGCACUUUUCUCGGUCGUGUC